AUGCUCCCCAAAGGAAAGCCAGCGGAGGGACAGCUCUUGUGCAUGUGGCGUCUCGGAGCGCUGUUGGGAUGGAUGUGUCUGGGGUCCACUCAGGGCUCGUCAGCUUCAUCGGACCUCCAAAUCCUCUCGCCCAUCCAGGGAUCGCCCACCCUGCCCCAUACCUUGCCCCGACCUGAGCACCUGCAUAAUCCCCAAGGGCCAAAGCAUCACCCGCCACUUGUAUCUGUACAUCGUUCGCCAGCCUCUCUCCGCUCUGGCCAUGCUGGCACCACCUACAUCUUCGGAAAGGGCGGGGGCCUCAUCACCUACACAUGGCCCAACAACGAGAGGCCCAGCACGCGAACAGACCGUCUCGCCGUGGGCUUCAGCACAACCAUUAAAGACGGCAUCCUAGUGCGCAUUGACUCCGCGCCGCGCCUGGGAGACUACAUCAUGCUGCACAUCUAUCCCAUCUCCCCCAAACCAUGA